CCCUCCCUCCCCUCUCCUUUUGGAGCGCGAAAAGGCAUCGCCCCAUCAUGUCGGCCGCUCCCCGCCUCCGCAUCGGUCGCAAGGACCUCACAUUCAACGAGGCAGACAGGCUGGGUGAGCUCGAGACCUUCGCGCACCACACCGUCAGGGGAAUGCGUGUGUGUGGCACUGUGGGUGUGUUCAGGGAGGGGGGGCUUCGGAACGGUCUUCAAGGGCAUGUGGAAAGGUCAGCCUGUGGCUGUCAAGGUGGUCGACGAGGACAUCAGACAAGAAAUCGACAGAGAUGUGGGCAAAGCGAUACCUCCCGAAUGAAUGACGACUGUUACGAGUGUCUUUUGCUCAUGCAGGACCUCUACGACGAGGUCUUGAAGGAGGUGGAGCCGAUGCUGCACGUCAAACACCCCUAUGUCAUCAAGUUCCUGGGCAUCUGCACCGACAAAACAUAUGGGCCCAUGAUCAUCACAGGUGAACUCUGCUGUCUGCUCGUCGCGCCCACUUGCCUGCGGAUUGUUUUCAUGUGUCUCAGAGUUGUGUGAAGGGGGCUCGCUGCAGUCGUAUCUCGAGAGUGGGGAGCCCCUGUCAGCCGACCUCCGCGCCAAGUUCACCAAACAGGUGAGAAACAAAUUAGGGCAGUAAGCCGAAUCAUCAUACCGGCUCUUUGCUCCCUGACAGAUUUGUGAAGCCAUGCAAGCUUUUCACGACCAUGGCGUUGUGCAUAGAGACCUAAAACCUGGCAACAUACUCGUAAGCUGCACGCUGAGCCGUGCAUUGUCCAUUUGCUGUUUGUUUAUGCUGCAGGUGACCAAACUAUUUGACCUGAAAAUCACAGACUUCGGUCUCGUCAUUGACCUCAGCAAGACACUGUCGACGGCACAAGGCGGUAAAGAGACGCAUACAGAAAGAGACUCCGAUUCAAAUACACAUCACACGUCUAUGUGCAGGGGCUGGCACAUUUUUGUACAUGGCCCCUGAGGCACUCGAUUCGAAUGGUGAAGUCAAUCCAGCACCAAAUAAUGUUGUGUUCAUGCAUGGCUUGUGUGGCAGCCAAGGGGUUGACGACAGCGGCGGACAUCUGGGCCGUCGGGGCGAUCAUCCUGCAGCUGCACGGCGUCUCAGUGCAGGUUCUGUUUAAGUGCCUCGUCAGAUUGCGGAAGGUCCACCGAAGCGAACCCAAGACAGAAAGAUAGAGUGCUAUAGCUGGAGCCAUUGUCACUGCCUUUAAUAUAUGCAGGCACCCGACAUUCCCGACUCCAUCCCUCCACAGGCCAGAGACAUCAUCAAAGUAAGCGGACUGCUGUUUUCACAUCGAUUGCCGUACUUCGGAAAGGCCCUUGUUUUUCUCUGCGUGAAAUGGAUGAUUCAUCAGAAAUGCUUUGCCGAGAAGCCCGCCGAUCGGCCCACAGCCAAACAAGUCACAUACAAGCGAUCCGACACGGCAAAUUGAGGGUGCUGAUACGUCUGUCGCUUCUUGUUCACAGAUUCUCGAGAAGCUGGGGGUCUCGUACGUGCCCUCAACUCAACAGGGGGCUGCUCCGCAUACUCGGAAGGGCCCAAUGGGGUGGCUGUUAGGAAGCUUCAAACGACAAGGUGCGUCUACACAUGCUUAAGCUGCACACGAUCGAUCGCAUACGUGUUUGUCAUUUUGUCUCGUUCUGGCCUCCAGCGGCUGUUUCGCAUUCUCCGACAAGUGCAUCGUCCACCAAUGUGUCUGCCGUCGGGCACUCGUCCAGUGUGCACAUGAGCACGGCCAACACCACAACGGGGCCGCCCAGCAGUGUGGCCAAGACCUCUCAGCCGCCCCCACAGCACAUUGGUCGGGGAGACACACACACACAGAGGGAGCCACACCUUUCGAUGCUCUGUCGGUGUCGUGCAGCGCCUCCCGCCCAGCAGCCGUAUGUGAAGACACCGGAGAGCGCCCCACCGCCGCAGAUCAAACACGUCAGGGAGACAGCAGCUUGAAUCCCACACGUCAAUGGGCCGCUGGUAUUGUGCUGGCUGUGGGCAGACUGACAUCUUCGAAGCCGUCAAUGCCGCCGAUCCGCAGUCCGACAAAGACACCCACACCCACCCAUUGGCACUCGUGCGCGUGUGUGUGUGGUGUGUGUCAGGAAUGUUCGUUUGCUCAUCGCGAGGGACGGCAAGGGCAUACUCGACAAACGAGACAACAACGGGGUAUGCAACCAUGAAGGCGACAGAGAUUCCCUCAGUGGUCUGUCUGUGUGUUCUCGUUCAUGCAGUGGACACCCUUCAUCAAGGCUGCAACAAAGGGUCACGUGGGCGUCAUGUCGGUUAUCUAUGAGAGCAAACCUGACGUACUGCAGCAAACAGACGAGGUACCUUGUGUGCUGCUGGAUGAGCAGAAAAUGUGUCUUGGCCGUGCCGAAUGCAGACGUAUGGAUCGAAUGCCAUGCACAAGGCUGCCCUGUAUGGCCAUGUUGCGGCUGUCAAUCAGCUGAUGGCGUGGGAUGCCAAACUGCUCGAUGCACGCGGUGGCGCGGUAAGAGACUUCACACAUGUCUCUGACGCCUCACUGUGUCACUUGCGUGUGUGUGUUGAUUGCAGGAUGGCAAGACGCCAUUCAUAAUGGCGGUUUGCAACAAGGGUCACGUCGAUGUGAUGAAGUUUCUGUAUGCCAAACGAAAGGACCUGCUUACACAGACGGACAAUGUGAGACAACACAGUCUUCUCUCACUGAUUGAUUGCCUUCUUCCUGUGUGCAUGACACACACAGAACGGAGACACGGCACUCCAUUGGGCUGCAUUCUGGGGCAAAUCUGCGGCUGUGUCUCAGCUGUGAGCGACACAGAUGACUGACUGACGCGAACAUCUCAUCCACACUCUCUCUCUCUCUCUCUGUGUCAUUCUCAAAGGCUUGAGUGGGGCGGCGGUGCGCUGCUGGACAUCAAAGGCAAUUACGUGAGUGCACACAGACAUUCCCACCAUCGAUGGGCUGAGUGGUGUGCUCAUCUCAUCUCAUGACCAACAGGGGAAGACGCCGUGGGACGAUGCAAAGGACAAGCCGGAGAUCAGAGAGAUCAUGCAGAAGUACAAGCGGUACGCAGCGUUCCCUACCCAGCAGCCGUCAGCGAAGACACCGCCGAGCGCCCCACAGCCGCAGAUCAAACACGUAAGGGAGACGGCAGAUGAACCCCACACGUCAAUUGGCCGCUGUUCUUGUGCUGGUUGUGUGGCAGACGGACAUCUUUGAGGCCGCCAAGUUCGGCGAUUUGCAGUCCGUCCGUUUGUUCAUCGAGCGAGACGGCAAGAACAUUCUCGACAAACGAGACGGCGGGGUAUGCAAUCGUGAAGCCGACAGAAAUGCCCUCGGUGGUCUGUCUGUGUGCUCUCAUUUCUGCAGUUCACGCCCUUCCUGUAGGCUGCAGCAAAAGGUCACGUGGGCGUCAUGUCGGUGAUGUAUGAGAGCAAACCCGACGUACUGCAGCAAACAG